UAUCGAUUUCAGUCAGCUAUAGACUCCCGCAAGAAUUCCACACAGAACAACACAUACGGACGGUUUUCAGUCAGAUUUUUUUACAUUCCUACCGCGUCAGUACCAAAAAUUGGUACCAGAAUGACUUUCAAACGAGGAUUUUUUAGUUUGGUGUCGUGCUUUGUGGUCGCGGUAUUCGCUGUAGGGGUUGGAAACGCUUCACCCCUUGAGUACGCACCUGAAUUAGAGGGUGAAUCCCUGUAUAACGAAGUUGAGCAGUUGUUAGCACUGAACAGAGCUGUCAGAGAGGGACCCGAAUCGCCAUCUUCCGAGCACAUUUUUGGCGAUGAUCCUGCCGACAAACCUGACAUUCCUAGAGCUGUCAAAAAUUGGCCUCAGGAGGACUUGAAAUUGGGCCAAGUUUCGGCUGUUUCGGUCAAUACGGCCCUGCAACCUGUCGUGUUUCACCGAGGUGAUCGACUAUGGGACCAAUAUUCAUACAACCAAACGCAUCACUACCAGCAAAUCCAUCUUGGACCUAUCAAAGAUCACACAGUGCUGACUUUGGAUAUCCAGACCGGUAAAGUUUUGGGAAAAUGGGGUGCUGACUUGUUCUACAUGCCUCACGGAUUGACAAUUGACAGGCAUGACAACCUGUGGAUCACGGAUGUGGCCUUACAUCAAGCUUAUAAGUUUAAACCUGGUGAGCUGGAACCGACUCUGACCUUCGGCGAGAGAUUUACACCAGGAUCCGACUCUAAACAUUUGUGCAAACCUACAUCAAUCGCGGUAGCAACUACAGGGGAAAUAUUCAUUGCUGACGGGUACUGCAACAGCAGGAUACUGAAAUACAAUGCUGCAGGAGGGUUACUGAGGGUUAUACCAAACCCACCAGAGUUUCUUUCAUUGCAAAUACCUCAUUCUCUGGCACUGAUCGAGUCCAUAGAUAGGUUAUGUAUAGCUGAUAGGGAGAAUAUGAGGGUUGUAUGCCCCAGGGCAGGACUCUACAGCGUACAGGGCAAGAAGGAGCCUGCCCUGACCAUUCAACAGCCCGAUAUGGGAAGGGUGUUUGCUGUUGCUGCAAAAGGAAAACUGAUUUAUGCAGUAAAUGGUCCCACUAACCGGAUGUUACCUAUCCAGGGGUUAACUAUAGACCCCGAAACAGAGUCUGUGAUAGAUCAUUGGCAACCUGAAGAGGGUUUCACCAAUCCUCAUGAUAUCGCCGUGUGUGCAAAUGGUUCUGCACUGUACGUAGCAGAAAUAGGACCCAACAAAAUUUGGAAAUUUGAGUUGGUACCUCCAAAGAAAUAAAUUAAAAAACCUUUUAAAAAUAAUUUAUUUUAAUUUAAAUUUUAUUUUUUUUUCAUUCAAAAAAAUUGCGUUAAAAAUUUUUAUUUUAUAUUUUUUUCGUAAAAAUUUAGACAAAGAUUUAGACAUAUAAAUAUAUCAACUAGUGCAUAAUAUAAUAAAUUCUUGUUUAAAAAAAAUGGCAUAGUUAAGGUAAAAUAUUAUUUUUUUUUAUUUUUGGAAUUUUAUAAAAGAAAAAAAGCCUUCUUGGUAAAAUAUCAUUAUAAGCUAUAAAAAACAUGUGUAUGUUGUAGUACGUGCUAGUACUUAUACUUAAAACAGUAUUGUCAUUUUUGUAUAUUUUUUCAAAGUACCUAUAUGUAUGUAGAAAAAUAAUAAAGACAAAUUAGGAUUAUUACUAUUAUCACGGUAGUAAAUAAAUAAAGUUUAUCCAUAUAUUGUACAUUAGAAGAAAUAGAUAAUAAAAAAUAUGAUUUUUUGUUAUACUAGGAAUAUUGUGUUAUAUUUGAAUUUAUAUUUGACAUUGACAAGGUUUAAAAAAAACGAAUAGACAAUAAAAUUGAAUAUAUCGUUUUUGUUUAUGAUAUGUAAUUAUUUUUAUUUAAUAAAGUAUUGUUUUUGACUUAAAA